GAACAACUUGACGGGAGUAUACUAUACGGCGAGGGGGGUUAGACACGUGUGACGCGUAGGGUUUGGGGAGGGUCGGACGCACCUGUCUCAAUGGUCGCAUCUAUCACACUUCUCGUCAUGCUUGACGGUCUUGGUGUUGCAGACGCCGCAAGGAGCUGUUCUCGACGUCGCGCAUGGCGCCUUCUCAGCAAUCUCGUGGCCGCAGCCAUAUUUGUGUACGACCUUGGUGCACAUGUUGGCGGGGAUCGGCGAAUGGGGAAGGCGCGGUCGUACGGCGGGGGUAGCGCCUGCUGCAGCGGCGUGGGAGACGAGGAAGGCGGGGUGGCAGCUUGGGCGCGCUGAUUGGCUGGCGGACAGGAGCUCUUUCUUCUUGCAGAUGAGGGCGAGACUGCCGUGCGGAGCGCAGCUCGACGGGCUCGCGGGGAAGCAGAGGAGAAGACGGAGUUGAAGUAGGAAGAAGAAAAGCAGGCCAAAAAAAACAAGCGUGACGCGGAGAAGAUAGGCGGCCGGCGGAGGUAUCAAAGCUUGUUGGCGGGCGUGGGAUGGUGCUGGACUGGUCGGGGAGCAGAGCAGAAGAGCAGCAGCAGGGUAGGUCUACUUGGUCGGGCGGGUGAGGAAUUGGUCGGAGCGUCCAAAGGGGAUGCAGCGGGCAGCGUGGAGAGUUUUAUAACUUCGACAUGGCAGCGAGCCAGUCUGACGGUACGCUCCAGUGCUCUUAGAUUACCUUCGCUCCCGUUUGCAACAAGACGCGAC